AUGAAAGACGAUGUUGUUACAAACAAGACGUGGGAGGUCCAUCACCAUGACUUCGAGUGGAUAAUGGGAUCAAGCCCAAAGAUCGAGCUGCUUCUCCACACGCACGAUUAUCCAUUUGCACAUGAAGCUGGAGUCUUUUUUGAACAGACGCACGAGCUUUUCAUUACGAGCAAUCAGUUCAAAAGCCCGACUGGCGAAACAAAAGUGCAGAUCUCCAAGAUUUCCUUAGGAAACAACACUAGACCUACCAAGCUGGAGAAUAUCGACUGCGAUCCCAUCCACUUCGCUAAUGGAGGUGUCAAUUAUCGGGAAGGGAUACUCUUUUGCGCUCAAGGUUCUGGCAGCAAUCCCAGCGGCCUUUUCUACAUGCAAGCUUCACCACCGUACACAACCGAGCCCGUAUUGACGAGUUUCUUGGGGAAACCGUUCAACUCAGUCAAUGACGUGGUGGUACAUAAUGACGGUAGCAUAUGGUUCACAGAUCCUUCUUAUGGACAUGAUCAAGGUUAUCGGCCACGGCCCAGUCUGCCAAACCUUGUCUAUCGAUAUGAUCCUGCUACGAAAAGUACUAGGGCUAUGGCAGAUGCUUUUGGAAGACCAAAUGGUAUAUGCUUUUCGCCUGAUCAAAGGACUGUAUACAUUACAGAUACAGACCAAGUGCGAGGGCUUACUAUUGACCAUACUCGUGCUUCUUCCAUUCAUGCAUUCGAUCUGAUAUAUCGCCAUGGGCAACCGUUUCUCGCGAACCGUCGAUUAUUCGCGUUUGCGGACGGUGGCAUUCCUGAUGGUAUUAAGUGCGACACUAAAGGAAAUGUAUAUAGUGGUUGUCCAGAUGGAGUUAAUGUUUGGUCUCCUGGCGGAGUGCUUUUGGGUAAGAUUAUCAUUCCGGGAGGGGUUGCCAACUUCUGCUUCGGGCCCAGUGGGCAUAUAUUCGCUUUGAACGACCAUCGAUUAUGGCGUAUCCAGCUCGAUUCUAAUGUUCAAGGAGCACUGUUGGCUUCCAAUGGUAACAAUUAA